ACCCACAACUUCUCAUCACCAAAGAAUCCCAAUCAAAACCCUAAACUUCUUUCCUUGAUACCCAAGAAAUCAUCAACUUUGCUCCUUUUAUUUCUUGAAAAUGGGUUUUACUGCUACUCAAUCUCUCAGCUGUGAAAUAAAUAUAGUUCAAGCCAAGAAUUUAAACCUAAAAUCUCAUGGUAAUCUUUUUGUUAGAUACUAUCUUUCUUCAAGAAACAACAAAAGGAUCCAACUAAAUACCCAAGAAAUCUCCUCAAAAUCUAACCUAAUUUGGAAUGAAUCUUUUUCUUUAGAGUGUUUAGGCACUCAAGAUUCCAUUAACAACUUGAAACAAGAAACUGUGGUAUUUGAGCUAAGAUGGAGAAACACAAAACCAAUUCUUGCAAAAAUUGGAGGGUCAAAACUUGUGGGUAGAGCUGAAAUUCCAUGGAAAACAGUCGUUGAAUCGCCAAGAAUGGAAAUCGAAAAGUGGGUUAUGAUGGUCUCAGAAAAAAAUUGCAGAGGUGUUGUUAAUGAUUAUAAGCUUCCAUCAGUGCAAAUACAAAUGAAAGUUAAAGUCCAAGAAAUUGUAAUAUUGGAGAAGAUGAAGAAGAGAAAUGGAAAAUUGAGGGACUGGAAAAAUGAUGAGUGUGGAUGCUGCAAAGAUAGUGGAUGUAAAUGCCAAGAUUAUGAGAUUUUUGCAUUAGUGGCUGCAUUUGAAGCACUGUAGACACAAAAGAUUAGCACAUUUUUUCAAUUUUAAUUUAUUUUAGGUUUGUUAAUUAAAAUUUUGGAAUUGAUAUAUGAAAUAUUGUUAUAGGAAUUUUCGUAUGAAGGGUUUGGUUUUGUAAAG